AUGGCCGAUAUGACAGAAGCACAAGCAUUAAAAAUAAUAUCUACAUUUUUGGAAGGACAUUCUAAGCAAUGGUUUACCGACAAUAGUGCAAUAUUCGAAUCCUGGAGUGUAUUUAAAGCUCAAUUUAUUCAUACGUAUUCAUCACCCUCAUCGAAACAAUUAGCGUCUAACCGCUUAAGAACUCGCCAACAGCGACCUGAUGAAGCUGCUAUCGAAUAUUAUACUGAUGUUAUGAAAUUAUGCAAAUUAGUUGAUCCAACCAUGACCGAUGCAUCCAAAAUUGAUCACUUAUAUCACGGACUCAAACCGUCCCUAAUGAAAGGAGUCUUCCGUAGAGCUCCAUCCAUACCAGCAGAAUUUUUAGAGCAAGCACGACAAGAAGAAAAUUUAGAUUGUUUAGUUAAUACGUCUUUUCAACAAACCAAUGAUAGUGAUACACAAGCAACAAACUAUUCCAACAACUUAUUCUAUAGCUCUUCACCAAAAUUUGAAACUGCACACUACCAAAAUUCAUCACAUAUGCAUUCUAAAGGUUAUUCCGCAAACGUAUACUCACCUCGAACAACAUACAAUCGAUUUCAUGAUCCACCAUCGUCACGUUUAGGGGUGGGAAGUUACCGUUACCGUUCCCGGGUAACGGUAACGGGACCGUUACCGUCACCUGGGUAA